AGCGGUGGGCUCCUUCUCCUCGUGGUCCCGGCCAGGUGGACCGGACGCGGCGGAGCUAACCAGAGCGGCAGUGCGGGCAGCCCCGGGGCCCCCACCCCUUCCACGCAGGGCUCGCUACGGGCGCGCAAGGGGAAGGCGCGGGCGGCGGGGCCAGCUGCGUCCCGGGCUCGGUCACCGCUGUCUGCGUGUCUGGAAGCACCGGGAGCAUCGCGGUGCGCAGUCCGAGGUCGGCCACCAUGGAGGCGCAGGCACAAGGGUUGUUGGAGACGGAACCAUUGCAAGGGCAAGAUGAAGACGCAGUAGCCAGUGCGGACUUCUCUAGCAUGCUGUCUGAGGAGGAAAAAGAAGAGUUAAAGGCAGAAUUAGUUCAGCUAGAAGACGAAAUUACAACAUUACGGCAAGUUUUAUCAGCAAAAGAAAGGCAUCUGGUUGAAAUAAAACAAAAGCUGGGCAUGAACCUGAUGAAUGAAUUAAAACAGAACUUCAGCAAAAGCUGGCAUGACGUGCAGACCUCUACUGCCUACAAGAAAACACAUGAAACCCUGAGUCACGCAGGGCAGAAGGCAACUGCGGCUUUCAGCAAUGUUGGGACGGCCAUCAGCAAGAAGUUUGGAGACAUGAGGUCUCACUCCAUCGGCUACUCCAUUCGCCAUUCCAUAAGUAUGCCUGCUAUGAGGAAUUCUCCUACUUUCAAAUCAUUUGAGGAGAGGGUUGAGACAACUGUCACAAGCCUUAAGACGAAAGUAGGCGGGGCGAACCACGGCGGAGGCAGCUUUGAAGAGGUGCUCAGCUCCACGGCGCACGCCAGCGCGCAGAGCUCGGGGGGCGGGCCCCGGCGGGCCGAGGAGGAGGAGCUGCAGUGCUAGGGCCGCCCCCUGCAGCCGCCGCCGAGCCCCGCCCCCGCCCAGCGCGCCCUGGGAUGCGGCGACCAAACACCCACUGCGAAAAACCCAGGCCUUGACCUGUUCUUCGAAUGGCCCCACCGCGGAGUUUCAUAAAAUGAUUUCCAUUUUGUAUCUGUGCUAAUGAACCACUUGACCAUCACACUUAAGUAUUCGUAGAUUGUCAUAAUUUAAAAUAUCCCCACUUCAGCAGGUACACAAUUGGCCAUACCUUUGUCUUUGUGUAAUUCAACCUGUAUUUCCCGUAGCUAUUAAUGACCUGCUUUGAUUUUUGCUUGGACUUACGAUGUGCAUGUUUUUGAAGGCUGAGGGUGAGCACCCCGUUUCAGUUCAGUCACAUGGGCGGGAUGGAGCUCUUUCUGAGAAGUCUGCAGCAACGGGAUGGACUCACUGCAAGUUUCAUCAAACUGCUUGUGAUCGCCCUCACUUGCAUCAAUUAUGUAUGUUUAUUUAAGCAAUUAAAAUCGAUUUUAAUGAUGA